CGUCUUUCUUUACCACAGAUUUAUGUGCACCGCUUACCUUGGAUAUUGAUUAUUUAGAUAAUGAAGAGGAUAUAGAGGAUAUAGAUGAUAUAGAGGAUAGUGAGGAUAUUGAGGAUAUAGAUGAUAUAGAGGAUAUUGAGGAUGCGGAAAAUCAGGGAAAUCAGGAAACAAGAACUUUGUUAAAAUCUUCAAACACAGAUUUAGGAGGUCGUCUGAAAAACAGUAAAUCCGCUGGAAGUCUUUCAAAAUAUCAUUUUAGAGGUGUAAACAGGGAGAAGGCAUUACUUGACUGGAGGAAUUGGACCGGGAGAAGGUUUUAUAAAUCCUCGUUGUCAACAAGAGAUUUAAAUGAACCUUUGAUCAAAGAUGAACAAAGAUCUGAUUCCGAUCUUCAAACAACUUUUAAUUGCCAAUUUGAAGCGCCAUGUUUGAGCUCCAUAAUGAAUAAAUCCUAUCCUACAGACACAAAUUAUUUUACUUCUCCAGCGCAUAAUCUCCAUUCUUCUUCAUCUGCCGACAAUUUUCUCCAUUCUUCUCCAUUACCCUCCAAACAUGUUACAUCAUCUCAACACCCCUCCUCCAUUCUACCAACCUCCAAUAAAGUAUGUCUAAUGUCUUCCAAACCGACUCGAACCUCCAUUUUUCAUUCCUCCGGCUUUUCAUCUGAAAAGUUUGAAAUUAAAUCAUCAUCUAGGCGAGAUAUCUGGUCUCCCUCAGAAUCAAAUCUAGCGCUGAAAACAUACAAUCCCUCCGAUGGUUUAGGGAUCAGCUACUCUGAGAAUAAAGGGAUCAAUUACUUUGAUGGUUUAGGGAUCAACUACUCUGAAGAUAAAGCAAUCGAUUGCUUUGAUGGUUUAGAGAUCAAUUCCUCUGUAGAUAAAGGGAUCAAUAACACUGAUAGUGUAGGGAUCAACGACUCAAAAGAUUUGGAGAUGAAGGGAACCCCGGGGCAAGAAGAUCAUAAAGAAAUCUGUAAAACUGGUGAUCAAUAUGGUUUAGGAAGUUCAAAUGGGAAAGAAAUUAACAGAAAUUCUGAAGUGAAUCUGAGAAAUAGUGUCUCUGAUGGGAAACCAAAGAACAUAAGUUCUGAUGGGAAAACAAAGACUGAUAUCUCUAAUGGGAAAACAAGGACUGGCAUCUCUGAUGGGAAAACAAGGACUGGCAUCUCUGAUGGGAAACCAAAGACUUGUAUCUCUGAUGGGAAACCAAAGACUUGUAUCUCUGAUGGGAAACCAAAGAACGGGAGCUCUGAUGGGAAAGUUAGAAGUGGAAGUUCUGAUGGGAAAGCCAGGAAUGAUGAAUCGUCUGCCUGCAACACUUUUAUCUUUAAUCAGCUAAUAUUUACCCGAAAGAGUAGCAUCGGAACUACUGAUGGAAAAUCAGAUGAUAAAUCAAUACAAGUAAUUUCUCCGACCAGACAUCUCAUCAACCCAACCUAUCCUUCAUACCCAAACAAACAAUCCAGUUCACCAUUCAGCAAAAGGAAACAGAACCCGGAGACAGCAAGCAUUGUUUCUAUCAACAGCCAAACCAGUAGGGUUGUAGAACUAUGUACCUUCCCGUCCUACUGUUUCUGGGAUAGGAUUGGAAUCAUCAUCUCUUCUAGAGUUAAUGAUGUAGCUUUCAGGUGGAUUAUGAUAAUUCUGUUUGUUUUCUACAUCUCCGUUGCUGCUUUUUCCUUCAUUCUACUCAUCACUAUACCAUUCACAUUCAAUACAUCGGGUAAAUAGAAAGCUUUCUCCUGUCUCAUCAUGAGAAAAUAUGCAAUAGACAAUUUUAGACUAGACCCAUUAACCUAACUAUCGAGAAUAUCAAGAAUAUCAAGAAUAUCAAGAAUAUUGAAGGGUUGUAAACCCAUUCAAUUCUCCAAAGUGUUGAAAGCUGAGGACCAGGUUAAUAAAAACCUGCAGACUGCAAUUAAUAUUUGGAAAAGCCUAAAAUUAACUAUAUAACCUGAGCUGGGAACUAUUAAAUAUACGACGCAAGUUCAACUAAUUCUUUUCUUUCGGGGAGAUAAUCAAAAUUCAGAAAUCCAUUUUAAAUGUAUCGACUUAACUAAUCUUUGUAAAGGUAUCUGUAAGCGUGAUUUCAAGUUACCCUUCAUACAGAGAUGACGUUGUCCAAUUUACAAGCUACAAGUCUGUUCUAGUAUGAAUUAGAUAUCAAUGUUUAUAAUUUUUAUUAUUUUUAAUAGAGGCAAAAAGCGACUUGAGCAUUUCACGGUAUAGUAACAGUUCGCCCAAUCACGUUUCACCCAAAUUACAUUUCACCCAACUCACGUUUCGCCCAAACUCCACUUACUUAAGAGUUUCACCCCCCCCCCCAAAAAAAAAAUUCUUGCCAAUUUUAUUUUGUAUAUAAAAAUUUUAUCUUUGGAUUCAUAAAAGUUGUAUACAUAAGGACACAGUUGAUAUCUAGUAUAUAUUCUAGUACUGCUCAAGUUAGACAUCCACUUGGAGUCAAAACAUGAACUCCUUGAUGAAGUUAGGAUUGAAGGUUUGGAGUGAAACCUUAAGAUUUGCCAUCCGGACUGAC